GUCUGCUUAUGGCAUCACAGCAUACACGGCUUCUGACGUAUCAUCACCACCACCUCCGUCUUCCCCUGUAUACUAGACUCAUAACAAAUAUAUGCUGUUUGCUGGAUUAAAGACAGUCUUCCUGCUUGGACUAACCAUAUAAUUAUCCCCUUGUGUUGCUGUUUGCUGUCUCCCUUAAGCACUGCAGAUAUGGGUGUCAAUAGCGGUCAUCGUGUGGUGGUCAGUUGGGUUCUCUUGUUGGCCCUCGCCAGUACAGUGUCGGCCUUGUCACCUCUCCACCCACUGGACUCUUUUUAUCAGUCUGACUCACCCCGUCAGCAAUCCACGCGUACUGAAACCACAACUAUUACCGCCAGUGAGGCCAAGACUAUCAACACCAGCCUCUCUCCUAUUUCCAGUGAGGACAAGACUACCAACACCAGUUUCCCUUCUAACUCCAGUGAGGCUAAGACAACCAACACCACCCUCCCUCCUACCUUCAGCAGCGUCCACAACUCGACGGCUUCCUUCCAGAACCUCGCUAGGUUGUCGUCACAAGGCAGAGAGCUUCUGUGUAACCAAACCCUUCAAGAAGUUAUCGUGAACAAGGCAAAGGUUAUCAUGUCCAUCAUCGACGACUUCAAGAAUGAUUAUGUCAGGAAUAAGUUCAAGACUGAUUGGGACUUCAUUGAUUCAUUCUUUGACCCAAGUACAGAUAAGGAUUAUGUGAAGGUUUGUGACGCAAGUGAGUGUGCUGAGGUUCUUCCCACCCUGCCCACCCCGCCCCACCACCCACCCACCACCCAGGAGGAGGCCAAGGAACAGCUGGCCAACAUCACGGGCUGGGUGCAGCAGUACAUCAUCGCUAUGGAGCAAGUCUUCCUUGAUCAGUCGCUCACUGAAGACAUAUUUCAAGAGAACAUAGACGAUGUGUACCGUCUGCUGGAGGGGCUAACGAGGGUGCUGACUCAGGGCGUCGAGGACUGUCACGCUGUGGCUGACGACGCCAUCGUCAGGCAGCUGGCCAGCAAAAUAUACACCAGCACAAACACCUUCCUCAUCAACCAGAGGGGCUUCAGGAGCCUCCGUCAGUGUCGUCAAGGACUUCAGUACAUCGUUGACGUAUUUUCCAGCAGCAGCGACAAGGACCUGUAGUGCCCCACCGCCAGUGUAUCCCUGUGUUGUGUUACACGCUGUACGCGAGUAUGUUUGUGUUACACGCUGUACACGAGUGUGUAGUGUUACACACUAUGCACGAGUGUGUAGUGUUACACUCUAGAUGGAUAAAUAUUUUAUUGACCACAAGUUAUGAAUGCAGAGUUUACAUUAAAAUCUUACCUGAAAUGAU